UAACUUCUUAUCCUCAACACAUCUUCAAUUAAAAUUUUCAAAGACUAGAAAUGGCUUUAAUGAGAGGACUCUUGGCUGCAAAGAAGAUCUUAAGCCGCUCUGUGAUGGCCACUACACCAAAAGGGUUUCUUGCGGUGUAUGUUGGCGAGGACCAGGUCCAGAAGAAGAGAUAUAUAGUUCCUGUCUCAUAUUUGAGCCAGCCUUCGUUUCAAGCUCUGCUCAGUAAGUCUGAAGAAGAGUUUGGGUUUGAUCAUCCAAUGGGUGGCUUAACCAUUCCUUGUCCUGAAGAUACGUUCAUCAACGUGACUUCUGGGCUAAAGGGAAGAUGAUCCGAGGAGAUAGAGAGAUUUAACGUUGUCUACUCCUGAGUUAGAGAUAAAUUAUUCAAUGUAAAUAGGUCAACCUUUUCCCUCGUUCUUCCUGAGAAAAAGAGUUGUUCAAGAGGUUACAAAGCUCAAAGUAAAUGAAAUUUCUGUUGUAAAAGUGUUCUAUGCUAAUUGAAGAAAGGUUUUUAAAAAUAUAAUUCAUCUUGAAAACUUGGAUUGCUCGAGUGUGAAUCAAUGAAAUGAGUUGAAACA